GCCGGGCGGCGGAGCCUGCGCCAUGCCGGGGAUGGUGCUCUUCGGCCGGCGCUGGGCCAUCGCCAGCGACGACCUGGUCUUCCCGGGGUUGUUCGAGCUGUGCCUGCGGGUGCUCUGGUGGAUUGGCAUUCUGACUUUGUACCUCAGGCACAGAGGGAAGCUGGACUGUGCUGGCGGGGUCCUGCUCAGCAGUUACAUGAUCGUUCUCAUUGUUCUCCUGGCAGUUAUUAUAUGUACCUUGUCGGCCAUCGUGUACGUCAGCAUGAAAGGAACCAUUUGUAACCCCGGACCGCGGAAAUCCAUGGCCAAGCUGCUGUACAUCCGCCUCGCGCUCUUUCUGCCCGAGAUGGUCUGGGCGUGUCUGGGGGCCGCCUGGAUAGCAGACAGCUUUCAGUGUGACAAGAUAGUUGUGAGUGGCAUCAUUGCAACUGUCGUCAUCAGCUGGAUUAUCCUCGGCUCCACGGUGGUCACCAUUAUCAUCGUCUUUGACCCGCUGGGGGGGAAAGCAGCUCGGUACUCCUCUGCUGGCCCCAGCCUCCUGGAUAAUCCGGAGUCGAGCCAGUUCUUCAGUGGCCUCAGGACAGCAGCUACCAGCGUGUGGGAGACCAGGAUCAAGCUCCUGUGCUGCUGCGUGGAGCAGGAUGACCGCGCCCGGGUUGCGUUCUCCAGCACAGCGGAGCUCUUCUCCACCUACUUCUCAGACACAGACCUGGUGCCCAGUGACCUUGCGGCAGGCCUCACCCUUCUCCACCAGCAGCAGGACAGUAUCAAGAACCAGGAGCCUGAGGAAGUGGUCAGCCAUUCCCCCGGGUCCUCCCAGGAGGACGAUUUGGAUGCGGAAUUAGAAAACUGCCGUCAUUACAUGCAUUUUGCAGCAGCGGCCUAUGGGUGGCCCCUCUACAUUUACAGAAACCCGUUCACAGGGCUGUGCAGAAUCGGAGGUGACUGUUGCAGAAGCAGGACAACAGAAUAUGACUUGGUUGGAGGUGAUCAGCUCAACUGUCACUUUGGCUCCAUCCUGCAGACGACAGGGCUCCAGUACAGGGAUUUCAUUCACAUAAGCUUUCACGACAAGGUCUAUGAGCUUCCCUUCAUAGUGGCUCUGGACCACAAGAAAGAGUGUGUUGUGGUAGCCGUGAGAGGAACCAUGUCUCUGCAGGACAUCCUCACGGACCUGUCAGCAGAAAGUGAGACCCUGGACAUAGGGUGUGAGCUGCAAGACUGUUCGGCACAUAAGGGGAUUUCUCAAGCUGCCAGAUACUUGUACCGAAGACUCAUCAGCGAUGGGAUUCUGAGCCAAGCCUUCAGCAUUGCUCCUGAAUACCGGCUGGUCAUUGUGGGCCACAGCCUGGGAGCGGGCGCCGCAGCCCUGCUGGCCAUCAUGCUCAGGAACACAUACCCGCUUGUGAGAUGCUACGCCUUCUCCCCACCCAGGGGGCUGCUGAGCAAAUCCCUUUAUGAAUACUCUAAGAAGUUCACUGUGUCCCUUGUCCUGGGCAAGGAUGUGAUUCCCAGGUUAAGUGUGACCAACAUGGAAGAUUUGAAGAAGAGAAUCUUGCGAGUGAUUGCUCACUGUAAUAAGCCCAAGUACAAGAUUUUGCUGCGUGGGUGCUGGUAUGGGCUGUUUGGAGGGAACCCAGAUGACCUUCCGACAGAGCUGGACGGGGGCAACCACCAAGACCUGGCACAGCCUCUUCUCGGAGAGCAGAGUCUGCUGACACACAGGUCCCCAGAAUAUAGCUUCUCCAGUGACUCCCCACUGGAAUCUCCCACCAAGUACCCCCCUCUCUACCCUCCCGGCAGGAUCAUCCACCUAGAGGAAGAAGGCCCUUCACGGAGGUGUUCCUGUUACACUGCUCAAUAUACUGCAAAGUGGUCACAUGAAUCAAAAUUCAGCAAAAUACUCAUUGGCCCAAAGAUGCUAACAGACCACAUGCCGGACAUCCUAAUGAAAGCCUUAGACAGGGUGGUGUCUGACAGGGCUGUCUGCGUUUCCUGUCCCGCUCCAGGGGGCUCUAAUGUGGACAUGGUGUAACCGGAGCUACUGGCAGCUUCCAGGACUGCAGACUCGGGCCAUUGCUCUUCAAGUGACUUGACAUCUGAGCGAAUCCCACGAUGCCCGCGCACUGCUAGGAACCUGACAGGCACUGAACUUGAGAGUCGUAUAAAUGACUCUAAGAAAUCCUUCUGAUCAUAGCGUUGGCGUGCCAGGAGUCUGGAGAGCACCGGGAGGAUGGGACUCCUGAGACCCAACGGGCGAGAAGCUUCACAGGAGCCCAUCCCCCAGGCCUGGGGGAGGGUGGGACUCCAGCCGCCAGGGGUGGGUCUGUGCACUCCCACCCCUCAGGCCGCUUCUCACUGGCAGGGUCUUGGCUUGUCCCGUUCAGGAGUGUGAACUGGGCACACAAGAGUGCGUUUCCUCAGCAACCCGGAUCUUCCCGGCUACACUCAGUCCUCAGCUGUGAGGGUGCAGACUGGGGCUGCCCCGGCGGCACUAAGGAUCAGCCCUGAGCUGUGAGUGGGAAUCAGCACAAAACCAGGUCAGGAACGUGAGUGGAGGCAGCUCCCGCCCCUGGGGCCACAGCCCUUCCUUGUUUACAGUCCACUGGUCUCAACACCACCGUUGAUGGGAACAGUCCUUUUGGCUCUUGGAGUGGCCAGUAGGUUCAGAGGGCAUUAACAAUAAAGCACUUACACGUGUCACUAGUGUGUGUGCAGCGUUGUGCUCUCCUACUGGUCACGUCCACAGGUCUGUUUUCCUGAGUGGUUCUACAGUAGUCAUCCUUGAAGUGUUUCUGUCACUGUAACAACAGAAUGAAGUCUUCAGUCUUGUUGGCCCUCUGGCUACAGACUGAAGGUUACACGGGCAUCUGAUGUCACCCCACCCCACAAAGCUCAUAAAAUCAAUAAAGAGAUUUCUUUCAAAA